GCAAAAACAGCAGCAAAAUAUUUUUGUGAAAACUUCUAGUGCUCUAGUGCAUCAACAUCAACAACGCCGACAACGUCGCGCAAAAUUUUUUACGGCGCGCCGCCUGCUGUUUUGAAUUGUGCACGAGUGUGAGUGAGAGAGAGUACGACUUACAUGUGCGUACGAGUGUGAGUGCGCGCUGUCUCUGCUUAUUAGUGUUUGUGUGUAUGCUGUGUCUGACUGCCUAACAAUUUGCCGCUAAAUACAAAAAGCAGCUGAAGGCAGCAGAUAGAAGACCAGCUGACGACGACGACGUCGAAGUCGACGACACACACAUAUACAGAAGAAAAAAGUCAACGAUCGAUUGCGCGUAUAUAUGUGCAUAUGCAUGUGCGAGCAGGCCAGGUGAAAAACAAAAGGCGAAGAGGCAGAACUGCAACAAACAAAAUCAAAUCGAAUACGAGUAAAAGAAAAAUAAAUAAGAAAAAGAAUCAAAGUGAAGCACGUGUGUGUCCUGCUCUAGCAACUACAGUUCCAAAAACAUAUAUUCAUAUAUAUACACACAGAACAUAAAAGAUGUCUUCGGUACCGCUGGCCAUCAAAACGGAGGAAGUCAUUUUGGAAAACGCCGAAUACAACAGCGCCGAGGAAUUGGAUGAAGAAUUACAAUUACAAUUGGAAGAUUCAGGCGGGGAGAAUACCUAUCACAUUGAAUACACCACCGAGCCGGCGCAUCAGGUUACCACCAGCUCGCAGCGACGCCAAUCGAAUAUGAGCGCAUCGAAUACCACAAAAGACGGCGGAGGUGGCGAUGGGGGCAGUUCGCCCAGCGGUAAACCCAUAUUGGAUACCGAGAAACGAAUACGGCGGGAAAUAGCCAACAGCAAUGAGCGAAGACGCAUGCAGAGCAUCAAUGCCGGUUUUCAGAGUUUACGUUCGCUGCUGCCGCGACACGAGGGCGAAAAGUUGAGCAAGGCUGCCAUAUUGCAACAGACCUUCCAGUAUAUUGUCGAUCUUGAGAAUCAGAAGACUCAGCUGCUCACACAGAACAGCGAGCUGAAGCGACAAGUGGGCGAGCAUGAGGCACAUGGAAGUAGUGGAGGAGGCGGCUCCGCAGGCGACAACUACAACAGCGGCGGCAAUGCUAACGAAUCGAGCAACAACAACACGAGCUCCUCGAGCGCCGUGGCGAUCAAGAAGCGGAAGCUGACAGACAACGUGAUCAACAUGCAAACGAUUAGCGAUAGCUCCGAUGAGGGAUUAGGAUCCAUGUCCCCGGAGCCGAUGACCCUGCUGACAGCCGGUGGGGGCGGGGCUGGAGCAGCAGCAGGAGCUGGCAAUAAGUUGAGCAAUGCGAGCAUCAUUGCGGCCAAGGAGCUGCUGGAGAUGAAGAAGCAGCUGGAGAAGGAGCGCAACCUACGACGCCUGCUGGAGGAUGAGCUGCAGAUGAUCAAGCGACAGCUCUACAGUGUGGCAACAGCACCGCCCGGUACAGCUGUGGCCGCGGCCGUCGCCAACAGCGGGAGCAGCUCCUACAUUCCAAGGGAAGUCAUCGAGCACACGGACAACUUUGUGCGCGCCGAUGAGCUGGAGGAGCUGGGCGGCACCGUCUCGUACGUGGAGAUCGACGAGAUGACUGGCCAGCAGCAGGUGGUCGUCUGCUCGAGCAUUGAGGAGCUGGAAGGAGAUGCGGCAGCCGAGAUCAUUAGCGAGGAUCAGGUGCACGAAGAGGUGAUACUCUCCUCCAACUCCUCGACCGAAUCGGAGAAUGAGGUGAACGUGAAUGCCAUUGCCAAAGCCUAUGCCGAGGGCAUGAGCACUCCCAUUCUUCAAGCGGCCAUCAAGGCGACGCCCAAGGUGGAGGUGGAGCGCAUCAACGAGAAGAUCGUCAAGGUCAAAACGGAGAAGCUGCACGAUCAGCCCUCGGCCACGGCGAUGUCCACGACAACGACGACGACGGCAGUCUUCACGCGCUCCCGCCAGAAUCUGGAGACCAUUGUGGAGGCCAUACGUCACCUGGAGGGGGAUCAUCUCUUUGACGGCGACCAGCAGCACAAGCUACAACAGCAGUAUCAACAGCAGCAGCAGCAGCAGCAGCAGCAGCAGCAAUCCCUUGCAGCCAUGUCAACGGUCACUCGCAGCGCCAGCGCCAGCCCCUGCAUGGCCCUCAAUGGCAUCAUCGACGCCAGCCUCUUCCCCCUCAAGUCCACCUCGGAUGUGGUCAAUCUCUUUAGACGCGCCCUCACCAGCGCCAUUGAGCCCGAUCUGACGCUUCUCUCCAUCGUCGUUGGCUACAUUGAGCUGUCGCUGACCACCGGCGAGGCGGCCCAAGCGGCGCAGGCAGCCCAAGCAGCUCUCGGUGGCAGCAAUGAGAUAAUCAUGGGCAACAGCGUGCCCUUUCCCGUGGUGACACACGAGCUGAUUGCCGGAUUGUACAAGAAGUUCCAGACGAUAUUGUCGGUGGUGGACAAACCGAAGCCGCACCGCCAGGCGACACGAGAGAUCAUCAAGAAGGUGUCGGACGUGAUUUGGAAUUCGCUGAUACGCAGCAGCUACAAGGAUCGAGCCCAUCUGCAGAAUCUGUAUAGCUAUCUGUCCGGCAACAAGCUGGAUUGCUUUGGUGUGGCGCUGGCCACGACCGCCGGCUGCCAGCUGCUGGGCUAUCGCGACGUACGCCUGGCCAUAUCCGAGGAUCAUGCGUGGGUCGUAUUCGGACAGAAGCACGUGGAGAGCAUCGAGGUGACCUGGCAUGGCAAGGGCAGCGAGGAUAAGCGUGGCCAGGACAUUAGCGCCGGCAUUGAGUCCGGCUCGUGGUUGUACCUGGGCGGCCUGGCCGUCAUCUGUGAGCGUGGCAUGGAGGUGGCUGCCAUCUGCGUAGCUUUAAAUAUAUCUCUCAGUGCGAACAGCGAUUGCGUUGAGGUGGCCGAGCUGCAGCAGCAGCUGCUGUGGCUACUCUACGAUCUGGGCCACCUGAAGCGCUACCCCAUGGCGCUGGGUCUGCUCGGCGAGCUGGAGGAGAUCAAUCGGACGCAUCGCAGCAUUACCUGCGAGCAACUGUUCCGCGAGGCAAUCGAGUCCUCGCGCAACUACUAUCACAAUCAUCACGUCUAUCCGCACAUCUUUCAGGGCAACUAUUACAAUCGCUUGCUCAAAUAUCGCGAAGCCUUCGCCGCCUGGGCGAAUGCCGCCGACGUCAUACGCCUGUAUACGUACCAGUGCCGCGACGAUGAGGAGAUCUACAAGGAGCUGCUGGACAUUGCCAAUGAGCUCAUACCCUAUGUGAUGAAGACGGAGAGUUCGGGUCAUUCGGCUCGCAGCAUUCUGCGCGAUGCGGAGGUGUUUGCCAAUUUGUUGCGCUUCUACGAUGGCAUCUGCCAGUGGGAGGAGGACAGCCUAACGCCCAUUCUGCACAUUGGCUGGGCCAAGCCGCUGGUCACGAACAUAACCAAGUUCGACUAUGACAUACGCUCCCAGGUGGUCAUCAAGCUGCCCGAGGAUGUGGAGGCCGAACAGGCAGCAGCAUUGGAGGCUAAAAAGAAGGCAACGGCUGCAGCAACAGCAGCAGCUGUCGAGGCGUCGCUACAUGCGGAGGGCCACAACAACAACAACAACACGGUUGUUAAGAAGGAUGAGAAAUCAAAAUCGGAGUUGCCAACAACUUUGGCGGAUCUCACAGCUGCUUGUGGCGAAAAGAUAUUGAAUCCCGAUUUUCUGCUGCAGGGCGGCGGUCAGCCGUUCGCUGAUCAAAAGCAACAGGCGGUAGCCGAGCAAACAACGUCCAGCGAACUGUCGCACAAUAACAACAAUAUCAACAACAACAACACCAACAGCAGCAACAAUGCUGAAAAGGAGGCUACAACCAUAAGCAACAACGGCAACAAUGAGGCUAACAGCAACAGCAACAACAACGAGCAACAACAACAGCAGCAUAAAGAAGCUAAAGUGGAGGAGAUCAGCCAAGUGGAGCUGGCGAACAACAAUCAGCCAACAGUUGUUGACGACUACGAUCCAUUCGAGAUAAUGCUUAAACGUCCCGUGAUCACGCUGUAUAGUCAGAAGAUGAAAGGACUGAAGGAUCUGCUGCUGGCCGAGAAGCUGAACACGCAUGCCAUUUCACUGCAGGUGACCGCCCAGUCGGUGGCAUCGCGCAAGGUGCGUGGCAGUGGCACAGAUAGUCGACAGCCGGCGACCAUAUCGGCGACUAUAACAGCUAUAGCCUCGACAGAGGGCGCGAGUAUUGGAGGCAGUGCAACGAGUGCCGCAUCAGCCGAUUCGUUUGCGCCCACGCGACCGAAGCGAACAAGGCGCGAGUAAACAAAAGCAAAAACAAGAAGAGAAAACUAAAAAAAAAAAAAAA